GGGUACAUGGAUGGGAAGGAGCUACAAAACUUCAUCCAGGAGCUGCAGCAGGCGCGGAAGAAGGCAGGCUUGGAUUUAACACCUGAAAUGAAAGCUUUUGUGGACCAAUAUGGGAAGACUACUGAUGGAAAAAUAGGAAUAGUUGAGCUUGCUCAGAUAUUACCAACGGAAGAGAAUUUCCUGUUGUUCUUCAGGUGCCAGCAGCUAAAGUCAAGUGAAGACUUCAUGCAGACAUGGAGAAAAUAUGACAGUGACCACAGUGGCUUCAUUGAUUCUGAGGAACUUAAGAGCUUCUUGAAAGAUUUAUUACAGAAAGCUAACAAGCAGAUUGAAGACUCAAAAUUAACAGAAUACACAGAAAUAAUGCUCAGGAUGUUUGAUGCAAACAAUGAUGGAAAGUUGGAGCUUACUGAACUGGCCAGACUACUCCCUGUACAGGAAAAUUUUCUUAUUAAAUUUCAGGGUGUCAAAAUGUGUGCAAAAGAAUUCAACAAAGCCUUUGAGAUGUAUGAUCAAGAUGGCAAUGGCUAUAUAGAUGAACAUGAACUUGAUGCACUACUGAAGGAUCUCUGUGAAAAGAACAAAAAGGAAUUAGACAUUAACAACCUCGCGACAUACAAGAAAAACAUCAUGGCCUUGUCUGAUGGAGGAAAGCUUUACCGAGCAGAACUGGCUCUUAUUCUCUGUGCUGAGGAAAACUAGAACUCUUCUAUCAUGUCUUCUUAACUAGUGAUGUACUCUUAUCUACACAAUAACUGUGCACUAUAAGGGAGUAGGCUGUAUUUUUAAACUGCAUAUAGAAAAUUAGCCAGGAUGUGUGGCACAUUCCUUUCAGUUUGUUUCUAUACUGUUUGUAAUGUACAGUUUUUGUAACAAUAAGAUUGAUAAAGAGAAUGUCUAUGUUUGGGCCAGUCUGUAUAUUCAAAAAGAACCUAAAAUAUAUUGGGGUUGGUUUUGGUUUUGUUUUGGUUUUUUUUGCUUUCAUAAACAUGGCUGGAAAAAAAUUAAACCUGCUGACAUUGCUGUCAUCAUCAAACCUUCGACACUUGCAACAUUUCCUGUUGAAUUAUGUAACAAAAAGGUCAACAGAUAUCUUUGCCCAUUACAAUGUUUUUUGGUUUUGUUUUUUUUUUAAUGCAAAACAUGAAUUCAGAUUAAAUAUGAUCUAGGUCUGAAAUAGGAAAGAGAUGUUGGCAUUUAACAAGGCGCUAAGAAAUAUUUCCAGUUGUCAAACCACUCACUUACAGGUCUGUGCUCUUUGCAGUUUUUCAAUUACUGUUCUCAUUACAAACUCAUAGCAUAUAGACAAAGCAUUUAUCUGGGAUAGAUCUCCAUGCAGUAGUUGACAAAAAUAUAGUGUUUUCAAUCUAGUUGUUUAACUUUACUGAAUUUAAACAUAGGCACUUCAGAAAUAAAUGCCUUUAAUCUGUCUGGGAAUCCUGGCUAAAAGGCAGGUAGUAUAGUUAAUACACAGAUUAACAUAUGAUAUUAUAAGUGUACCUUUCAUGACUAUUGCUGUGUCAGAGAAUAUGACAAUCCAUUUUCUAAACUAUUUUCACAUUUUACAGGUUAUAAUUAUUCUAGUAAAUUGCUGUUUUUACAUCAUAUUCUGUGUAAUCUAUAAUUAAAUUUAAUAUCCUAAGAUUGUUGGUGUCUAGUUUGUCUAUCUCCUGGAUUCUUAUUCUGUACCAUGUAAAGGACAAAACAACUAUGUAAAAAAAAUGUGCCUCCUUGGAUCUCACACUGAAUUCCUAACCUAUAAUAAUAGUAUUAAAAUUUAACACUAAAUGAAGCAAAAAGAUUUUAUACCAAUUUAUACAUGGUGGGCUCUGCUUUUGAUUAUGCUAGAGAGAUAUUUUUUAAAUGGCAACUAUACUAUGGAA